ACCAAACGACCCAUCUAUGACAUGAUUGCCCCUCAAUGCAAGCCUUAAUGAGGACCUUUAACAAAAGCACAUGGAUAGCGAUCCGUGUCAUCUCUCUAAGACCUAAUCAUUACCGUUCCUUAAAAUUGAACGGUCCAGAUUAUCCCGCGCCGAAACUUCUUACUAAAAUUUCAAAUUUUCGUCCCAAAAACAAAAUUUUCAAAUUCCUCUAACCUAUAUAUAUACACUUCUCCUUCUUCACCAAAUUCACCAUUGAAACAACAUAUUCUCUGUAUUUUCACUUUCUAGCAAGUUUCUACCAAUGGCAAGAACAAAGCAAACAGCGAGAAAAUCCACCGGAGGAAAGGCACCAAGGAAGCAAUUGGCCACCAAAGCUGCAAGGAAAUCAGCACCGGCUACCGGAGGAGUGAAGAAGCCUCACCGUUUCCGUCCAGGAACAGUGGCUCUUCGUGAGAUCCGUAAGUACCAGAAGAGCACCGAGCUAUUGAUCCGAAAGCUACCUUUUCAAAGACUGGUUAGAGAGAUUGCACAGGAUUUCAAGACGGAUUUGAGAUUCCAGAGCAGUGCUGUGGCUGCACUUCAGGAGGCGGCUGAGGCGUAUUUGGUGGGUCUCUUUGAGGAUACUAAUUUGUGUGCAAUUCAUGCUAAAAGAGUCACGAUUAUGCCUAAGGAUAUGCAAUUAGCUAGACGUAUUAGGGGUGAAAGGGCUUAAAAUGUAGUACUUAAUUCUGUUUUCUGGUUUUGUGUAGCUAGUUGGUUUAGUGUGUUUUUGCUUGAAAUGAAAAUGAAAAGUUCAUCUUAACUCUGAAAUUUGAUGCUGUUAAUGUGGAAUGACAAAGAAUGAAACAUCUAGUAGUUUCUUACAUUC